GGCCGGUCACCACCACGACGCCCGCCACGACUACUAACAAGGACAGGAGCAGGAACCGUACCAUCGCCGCGAUAGAGGGCGACCUGGAGCCCGCCGGCGGAACAAGAGAAGGAACAAUCCAGGCGCGUCUCCCGUCAACACGCCGCAUGCACCGAACUGAAACAGGAACAUUAUUCUGGACGCAAACGAAGGAACCACCACCACGACACGGCGCCGCGCACCAAUACAUCGCGCUGCACCCCGCACCCCACUAACUAGGUAUAUUCACGACUUGAAGCCGGCCAUAUUAUUCCUACAGCGCUCUCUCAGGCCGCCCCGCCCGCCACCUGCCGCCCCGGCGACUUCUCCUGAAUCACGCUUGCAAGUGCCUCUCACACUCACAGCCUGGUGCACAUGGCAGUGGAUAAUAUCCCCUCGUCGCCUCCGAGCGGCGGCUGGAACAGCAUGGAGGAAGAGCUGGCCUACUACAAGGCCCAGUACGAGACGCUCGAGGUCGAGCUGCAGGAAUUCCAGGCCUCCAGCAAGGAGCUCGAGGCGGAGCUAGAGAAAGACGUCGAGGAAAGUGAGAAGCGAGAACGCAGGCUCAAAGAGAAGGUCGAAGGGCUGGGAUACGAAGUGGACGAGUGGAAGACGAAAUACAAGCAAAGCAAAAUUGAAGCCAACAAUGCACAAAACACACUGCAGAAGGAAAUCACUGCCCUUCGCGACUCACAGCGCACCAUCCAGCUGAAACUACGAGACAUCGAAGUCCAGAACGACGACUUUGAGCGGCAGACACGCAAUCAGACGUCGUCCCUCGAAGACCUCGAGUCCAAGUACAACGUGGCCAUCGAGCGGACGGUGAUGCUGGACGAAGAGAUUAAGAUCGGCGAGCAGGAGCGCGAAGGGCUUAGGAUCGAGAACCAAAGGCUGCGCGAUGACCUCUCUGACCUGAGGAUCGAAGCAGAAAUAGUGCAGGAGAAGCUGAGAAUCGCAGAGCACGCUAUUGAGGCACACCAUCAACGCAAGACCUCGCAGCUCCUCUCUGCUGAUUCUUUGCGUCCUCGCUCACCUCUCUCAGAGACAUCUACCUCGGCAACAACCCUCUCCUCUCCCACGGCAUCCACCCCACCACGAUCCAAGGCAGACACAGUGCGCACAGAUGCUACACCGCCCUCUCCCCCGCUGUCCGAGACUUCAAUAAACACAAAGGCAGUCCCGUCCACGCCCAUGCCGACGCGGAAAGGCUCGAUCUUUGCCCUCGACUCUGCCACCACGCCAAGACCUGGCUUCUAUUCUUCACGUCCGCCACGACACUCUCGAGGACCAAGCAUCCCAGUAUCGGCGAAGUCUGGUACGACUGGCCGCACAACUCCUUCUAUCCGGACUACAGCACCGCCACAGAAGGGAUCCAGGCCGAGCGUGGGAGGUAACAAUGGAGGCAGUCUACCAAGGUCUGGCUCCUUGUACCAGAUUCGAGGACUGAUUGGCAAAAUGCAGAAGCUCGAGGAGCGUGUUUACUCGGCGAGGUCGAAGCUCCCAGCACCGACGAACACUCCACCCCGGGCGAGUCCAAGAAACGGAAGCGCGCUAGGUCACUACAUACCGAGCACCGUGACCGUGAGAAGCACCAGAAAACGAGUGUCGGGGGCAUCGACGGCCUCGUCCAUCAAUUGCGUAGGCGAUUCUGGUGUCAGCCGGCUCUCAUUCGGUAUACCAACUGGCUCGCGGGAGCCGAGCAGCAGCCGACCAAGCAGCCGUGCGUCAGUAGCGUCCCAGUCAGGGAUUCAGAGACCUGGCAGCAGGAGCAGCGUCCGCACACCGUUGGGGCACUACUCGACAGCUUCCAUCAGCGGCGCGGAAGGGCGGAUCCCACGCCCACGGAGCUCCUUAAGCGGAGCCUCCGGCGGACACAAUCACUCCCGGUCAGUGUCGAUCUCCAAUUCUCUGCGGGAUGCCGAAGGCGACAACCACAGUGACGGGAGCAAUGCUUCCACGCCACUGGCCCGGCGUCUGACGCUGGACAAAUCCGGGAUCCCUAUCCCAAGCGGGCUGCCAAGGCGACAGAGCGCGGGGCGGAGGACGAGCUCUGGCUUGGAAGGUGACAUGGGGCCUCCGGAGCGACCUGCACGGUCGCGCAAGAUGAGCGAGAUUGGGGAAACUUACUAAGGAAUGCGGCGGUGAUAUUCAGUAGAUGUGGAGAGAAACAGGGGACCGGUCCCUGCAUGUCGAUACGCGUCAGUUCCUUUUUCCUCGGUAUAUAUGAUUCGAUGAGCAAUAUACCUUACGGUUUUGGCAUGGGAUUGGAGUUGGGGCCUGCAGUGACGGAACGAUUUCUCCUGUCUAGUUGAUGCAGGAGCUGACUUUUGCUGUUCAUGAUGGAAGGUUGCUCAUGCCAAUGUCUUUCUUUGUACGGCUAGGAGAUUACAGCUCUGGGGUAUGCUUUGCACCUGGCUGGUAGAGCCAAGGUGGGGGUAAUCAUGAUAACGCGAGCAUUAU